AUGUCGUUCUUUUUCAGUAUCAAGGCUAUCCUUGUGGUGGUAUUCUUGUACCUUGCUUAUCAGGUACGAAAGAUCGUUCUUCCACCUUCAAACUUCCCAAAGAACAUUCCCACUAUCCCUUUCUAUGCCAUUCUCGUGGCCAAAUAUAAAGGAUGGGACCAGGAAAGACUAUUCAAUGAAUACUAUAGAGAUUUGGUGGAGAAACAUGGAGCUGUUAAGAUGUACCAUGGCUCUAUGUGGAACAUAUUGGUGACAAGGCCAGAGUACCUCUCCCAGAUCUUAAAGCAAGACCAUAUCUACGAGAAAUGUGGAAAUCAGAUAAAACUCCCUUGGUCUAUCUUUUCACAGUACACUGGCGAUAACGUUAUAAGUGCCAGUAUGAAGAACUGGAAACUAUACAGAAGCGUUAUCACCAACAGUAUACUUUUCCCUGACUUGGCUCCAUUGAAGAAAAACACAGAAAAAAUUUGUGACAAGCUUAAGUCUUUUACUGAAGCUUUUACUCCUGUUGCUGAUAUUCUCCAAAGGUACACUUUGGCAAAUGUAGGAGAGUGUAUUGUUGGGUUGGAUUUCAGGACUUGGGACGACGAUAAGCACGCUCCUCUUUACAACAACUUGAAGUACUUGAAGGAGCAGCUUUUCAAACCGCUUUUUUUGACUUUUCCUGUCUUGGAUAAACUUCCAAUAAGAAGCAGACAGAGAGCCAGGAAGUCAGUUGUCCAUUUCAAGAAGAGUUAUAUGGAAGCCAUUAUGGCUGAACGCCGUCCAGAGAAUGGCAAUAAGCUUGGAGUCAGAUUAGCAGAGGCAUACGAAGAUCGAGUAAUUACGGAAAAGCAGUUCCAGGAUAAUGCUAUCAUUGCCUUGGUUGCUGGACACGAGAACCCCCAGCUUUUACUCACUUCUUUGAUAUAUGCGCUUGGAAGAGACAAGAAACUCCAAGCCACCGUCAGAAAGGAGAUACUUAACGCUAAUAACUUUGAAGAUUGUCUCUGGCUAAAUACAGUUAUUUACGAAACUCUCAGGUUAUACCCUCCAGUGGCUCAGCUUAUCAACAGAAGAACUACUACUGAUACUAUCCUUGGAAAGGAUAUACUCAUUCCCAAGGGAACUUACGUUGGCUACCAUAACCUUUUCACUCAAAGGGACUCCAACUAUUGGUCGCCUGAGCCGGAUAAGUUUGAUCCAAGCAGAUGGGGCUCGAAUAUCCAAGAGGUUCGUAAGUUUUACGCUACAGCAAAGAGUAGAUGUACUUUUCCAGCGUUCCAUGGCAGAGCAAGAGCAUGUUUAGGAGAGAAGUUUGCUUUAGCACAAGCAAGAAAAUUUAUUGUUCUGGUAUUGACCGAGUUUGAACUUGAAUUAGAGAAUAAUGAUUGUCCAUUACCACCUGCUGGUGUUGUUUGUCCUGUUGGUGUUUCACUUAAAGUCAAGCAGCUUUAG